AUGACAUUACUCGGAGAAAACUUAAAAGAAUUAAAGCUGAGUUGUCCAAAGGAGUAUAUGACGGCAAAAACCUGGACACGGAAUAGCUAUACAGUGCCUGUACAGGUGAGGCGCCAAAGCGUAAAAGUCGUCCACGAUUACGGUUUCGUACAUCGUGAUAUCAAGCCGAAUAAUUUCGUCAUGGGAUAUCGAGAUGACUACGAAAGAGCGCGAAUCGUACACAUUCUCGAUUUUGGACUAUCUAGAAAGAUGGAAAAUGGGUCCCAAGACGAGCACGAGGUACGGCCGAAUUCCGCGGAACGUUACGAUAUUGCUCACCGAACGUGCACGAAGAAGAAAGAACAGGGACGUCGCGAUGAUCUGUGGUCACUUUACUAUGUUUUUAUCGAGUUACAUUGUGGACUUCCAUGGCAGACAUUACGUGACAAGCAAAAGGUCGAGUUGCUGAAACUGAACAUGAACGAUAAGGACCUUGUGCUGAACUUCCCAGUUGAACUUCAUGGCAUUAUACCGUAUCUACGUACGCUGAAUUACUAUCAAAGACCUGAUUAUUCGAUGUUCUACAAUGGUCUAGUGGCAGUAAUGAAACGUGUGGGAGCUAAAGCAUCGGAUCCGUACGAUUGGGAAAGGCCAGAAUAUGUCAAAAAUAUCCAAAAACGUUUGAAAGGACCGUACGCCUGGGAGAAUGCAGCGGAAUUUUUCAAAAGUGAUCCUAUCAAGGUGAACUCGGCUCCGCCUCCAAAGAAGAAGAAGCGGAAGGAGACAGUCAAGCAGUUCCCACCGCUGGAAGAGGAAGGAAGGAGAGACUCGUCCGAACAUACGGCCGGUAGUACAGACAUAGAAAAACGAAUAGAAUUGCCAACGGAAUUGACAAUGACCGAAAUGGACAAGAAGCUUUUCGAGCGGUUCGGUAUUCAGAAAAAGGAAGACGAAAAAUUACGUGAACUCGGUUGUUCCGGUACCGAAACCGAAGAUUGUCCCGCUGUCAAAGAAAAGAUUGCCCCUACACCGAAAGACAAAACUGAAGAAGCAAAAGAAAAGCCGAAGAGUGAUUUGAAAGAAGUUGGGCAAAUAAAGGAUGACAAGAAGGAAGAGAUGACAGCGCCGACACCCAAAGAAAACGAUCUCAAGGGCACGGAAGAACCAAAGGGACCAAAGGAACCAAAGGAUCCGCAGGAUAAAAAGCAGACAGAAGGUGGAAAAUCAAGCGACAGUCAACCGCCAUCGGCCGUCGCCGGUCCCGGAUCCGGUCCCAGCUCCGGGCAACAACCUCCUCAAUGA